AUCUCGCAUAUCCGACAUCCAUGAAGCCUGUCAGUGUGGCCGUAUAUGAUUGAUCGAUCGACUGAUUGAUUGACUCCAUCUAUCAAGCGAGCCGUACAGAGUUGCUCAGCUCAGCUGCCCAGCUCCCCAAGCUGACCGGCUCGCCCAAUCCAAUUUCAAAAACCCAUUCAACACAAAAUUUAUCAUGCAGUACUUCGCUGGCUCGCUGAGGCCCAGCCAGCAAACCACUCAUUCGUUGCGCGCACACCAAUACAAGCGGUCACGGAAGCGGAAACGCAACGAGGAUGCUGACGAGAGUCCAAUCAACUCCGAUGACGAGGCGGCAGAUCCACUAACCUCUUCAAAUUUGCUUCCUUUUGUUUCAUCCAAUUCUGCACAAACAGCCCAACUACGCAUCGCUGGACUAACACCCAAGCAUGAUGCUGCUUUGAACGUGCCGCCUAGGCCGUUCCCACACGCUCCUAGUCAAGCACAACGUCCGACCUUCAAUGCGACCAAAAUCCAGCAGGAGCUGGCAGACCUAGAUCCUCCGUUAUUUGCUGCCCAUGCCAUCUCGAAGAGUCGCCCCGUGGACCGGGCCAAUGCCGUGCCCGAGCUGCGGCAAACACAUCUCAAUGUGCUGGUCACUCUUAUGCACCGCUGUUUGCUCCAAGGAGACUAUCAGCGAGCGGGUAGAGCAUGGGGCAUGAUCUUGCGUACUCAGGUUGCUGGUGCACCAAUUGAUCCGCGAGUUGGUGGCCGCUGGGGUCUUGGGGCAGAAAUAUUACUCCGCCGAGUUGCACGAAAUCAAUACACGCUCGCCGGCCAGACUGAAGAAGAAGACAUCUAUACAGAUGAGGGCUUUGAACUCGCCAGAGAGUACUAUGAGCGUUUAAUUGUUCAAUAUCCCACACGAAAGCAAUAUCGUAAUGCUAUUGAUGCACGAACAUUUUACCCGGCCAUGUUCUCGCUUUGGAUAUAUGAAGUCUGCGAGAAAAGCAAGCGCGCGCGAAAUCAACAUGCACUAAUUGACCCAGCGUCUCCGUCUUUUACUACCCUCAACGAUGGCUUCGAACAUGAUUCCGCUAUAGAAUCGGACAUUCGCACGGAAGAAAUGCGACAUGCAAGACAGAUAGAGGAGCGACUGGAUCGUGUUAUUGUGUCACCGCCCUUCGACAAGCAUCCUGACCUGCUACAGCUGAGGGGUAUGAUAAGUCUCUGGAUAGGAGACCUGGUGUUGGGCGAGACCGCCACAUCUCCCAGCGGAGAUUGGGAUCCAGACUCCUCUACUGAUGAUACAUACAUCAAUUAUGAGGCAAGGCAAGAACGACGAAACCGAUAUACCCACAGUUUGAGGGAGUUCAAUCGAGCUCUUGAUUAUCUCAAACGUGCUCAGGAGCACGGCAAACAUCUUCCCGAAAGUGUUGCCAGCACGAAAGACAAGAUCGACUAUUUGAUGAAGAAGCUUGAAGUGCUGGAUCACUAACAACGCUUAAAGCGAAGGAUAUUCCUCUCGGGGCCCUGGCUGUGGUGCAAACCGCCCAUCAUGCAUCCAUUCCAUAUAUUGGACCUCUUGUGUCCAGUUCCUCGACUUAGGGGCUUUCCAUGGAAAGGCAUCACAUCAAAUGCCAUCAUUUGCAAGCUUAUCCCUGGCUGCAUGCACUCAAGCUCCAACUUCAAUAAACAAAAAGUUUGAUUUCGACGUUUCUACUAGCAACAGGACUCACGCAUCAGUGGG